AUGAACGUCAACAAGAAGUUCGACCGGCUGAAGCAAUGGGGCAAGGAACGCAUGGGCGCGGAGGCUACGACGACGACUACGGAAGAGUUCAAGGCAUUGCAGACGGAGAUGGACUUGCGGCAUGCUGGCAUGGACCGCCUCCAACUCUCCACCUCCGCCUACAUCAAAUCCCUCUCCAGCCGCACUCAGGGCGAAGGCAAAGAGAAACAACUGCCUGUCGGCUACUUCGGCAACACGCUCAUGGUCCAUGGCGACGACUUCGAGGCAGACUCUGAAUUCGGCCAGUGCCUCCUCUCCCUCGGCCGCGCCAACGAGCGCAUCGCCCGUAUGCAGGAGACCUACUGCGCCAAUGCCACCAGCAGCUGGCUCGAGAGCGUGGAGCGCAGCCAGGUGCAGAUGAAAGAAUACCAGGCGGCAAGGAAGAAGCUCGAGAGCAGACGAUUGGCGUACGAUACCGCGAGCGUGAAGAUGCAGAAGAGCAAGAAGGAGGAUUAUCGGAUGGAGGAGGAGUUGCGGAGCCAGAAGGCGAAGUAUGAGGAGAGUCAGGAGGAGGUGGUGAGGAGGAUGAUGGAUAUUAAGGAGGCUGAGCAGGAUAGUGUGGCGGACUUGACAAGUUUCUUGGAGGCGGAGUGUGCGUACUAUGAUCGGUGUAGGGAGGUGUUGGUGCAGUUGAGGAAGGAUUGGCCUGCCACAUCAACCUCCAUCUCCCGCUCCUCAACAGCCUCCCCAGUCAACGGCCUCCCCCGUCGCCCAACAGCACGCAGCCGCGCCUCCUCCAUCAACACCGACUCCCGCUUCUCCCGCAUCACCGAAGAAGAGCCCGCCGCCCCGCCGAACCUCGAAACCCUCCGCGGCGGCGGCGGCUCCUUCGCCUCCCGCUCCACCUCCGCCCAAAACUCCCCCCGCCGCGAACUCCCCAACUUCGACUUCAGCGGCCGUCCCGCGCCCCUCGCGCGAAGCACCUCUAACUUCCAACCCCCCGUCACAACCGGCCGCGACCAAUCUCCCGCCCCCAUGCCUCGCUUGUCUCGCGUCCCCACCGAGCCAACACAAAUCCUCGCCGGGCGAAACAACCUCCGCGUCACCAAACGCGUGGACUCCUCCCAGCGCGAUCCAGUGUUCGGAGACGACGCGAGCGAUGCGUCGGACUCUGCUUCCGAGCUAUCGCGAAUCUCGAGCUGGACGGCUGGCGGGCAGCAGGAGAAUGCGAUUUCGAAAAAGGGACCACCGCCGCCUCCGCCACCGAGUAGGAACACGAAGCCCGCGCCGCCGCCUUUGCCGAUGAAGCGGAGUGCGUUGAGUACUGGGGAGGUGCCUAGGGGAUGA